AUGGACAAGACUGAACUUCCGGGAUACGGAAUUUUCGUCGCUCCCGUUGAUAUGCCACUUAAGGGUAACAAAGUGGAAGGUGAUUUCCAGCUAAGUCGAGAUUCCAUCGACGGAAUUAGGAUUCCCUCGGAGCUGAAUUUUCCUAAUUGGGUCAAUAAUAAUUUAAAUGCUCAAAUGAAGAGAACUUCUGAUAUCUUUCUCAAGGUGUCGUCAGUUGAAGUUUGGAAAAUUCAGAAGCUCAGACAGAUAGGCUCGCAGAUGGCAGAAAAGGGGCUGUUGACAGACGAGCCGGCAGCGUUAUGGCAUGCAGACUUCUACCCGAGGAACAUUAUGGCUAAGACUUCUAAAAAUCAUGUCAUACUCACUGGAGUCAUCGGUUGGGACGAAUCCAGGGCAGUAUUUCCUCGCAUUGUAACCAGAAAACCUCCCAGCUGGCUCUGGUCCAUGUCAGAGAGCCCUUUAAAACGAGAAGAAAGCGACGCAGUUGCAGCUGCCUUUUACGAUCAUAUGGAGAUGCUGCGUCCAGGAUAUAAAAACGACGCGCGUCUGCCGAUCAAAAAAGCAAUUAGAGCUCUCUGCAUGUACGCAGUCUUUGGGGUAAACUUUCAGCAUUACCUUGAGUUGUCUUUUGAUGGUUUGGUACGCUAUUGGGAGGAUUUCAUGAGGAAGCAUUAA